CAGCUUUUGAAUUUAUUCCCUCAUCAGCAAAUACACAAAAUCCAAGUUCUUGAAUUUAUACACCUUUGAAAAAAUCACACACUUUGACUAUAGUAAAUUCUUGGAUCAUGGAGAUUUCUAGCUUCAACUGCUUAGCUGAUUUGGGAAUGGGAGAUCCUUUUCUCAUGCAACAAUGGCCUCAUAAUGUGGACUCAAUCGACGGCCUCAGCUCCAUCACCACCACAGCUUCAACAUUCUCCGACGAUUAUAAUUUCGAUAGUAAUUAUCAAUCUUACAAUGGUACUUAUCAUAACAACGAUAAUUAUUAUUAUCAACCCGCGCUCGAGGACUGCAGUAACAAUAGGCCGUCAAAACAGCUCAAAACCGUGAAAAAACACGAUCUUUCGCCUAUUUCAAGUAGUGAGAUUAAUUUGCCGAAAGAGGAAAUGUGGUAUGGUUCGUCGUCGGGUAUGACCCUCAACUUCUCGUCUCCAGAGUCGGUUAACCGAAAUUACGCGCUGAAAUCGUGCCAAGGGGCAAAAAGGGUAAUUAGCACAGCGCAAGAUUAUCAUAUUAUGGCUGAGAGGAAAAGGAGGGAGAAACUUAGCCAGAGGUUUAUUACACUCUCAACUCUGCUUCCUGGAUUGAAAAAGAUGGACAAGGCCAGUGUUCUUAGGGAUGCAAUCAACCACAUAAAAGAGCUCCAAGAAAAAGUGAAGGCACUUGAGGAGCAAAGCAGAAAGAAGAAAAUGGAGUACUCCAUGGUUUUCAUAAGAAAUCUUUCCUCGGACGAGCAGAGCAUAUCAAGCGGGCCCGAGAUCGAGGCCCGGUUUUGCGACCGGGAAAUCCUAGUCAGCAUACACUGCCAGAAGAGGAAAAGGGUUGUUGAAAAAACAGUGGCUGAGAUUGAGAAACUCCAUUUGACAGUUGUCAACAGCAGCAGCAUCAGCCUUGGAGAUUCAGCUCUCAAUAUUACAGUUGUUGCACAGAAGGAUGAAGAGUUUGGUAUGAGCAUGAAGGACUUAGUGAAGAAUUUACGGGCCGCGCUCACGGUAUUCAUGUGA